GGCUAUAGCCCCAGCCCCUCUGGCGCCACCACUGAUGAGAAAUACACGUAAUAUAUGGAAUUUGAGUAACACAUAAAACGGCUCAAUAAGUAUGUUCAUAAUUUAUUCAUUUGCAGGCGUUACCUAGCAAAUUUGAGGAACCUGGUUUCCGUUAGCGAGGCUGGAGCAGCCAUCAUGAAUACAAUUGGCUUCACGGACAUAUCCCCUGCCACGUUUAAUAUGCAUGAUUUAUUGCAAUGGAUACGAAACAAUAAUUCAGAAACCAUUAUCUAUUUAGAUAACGCAGACGACAUUCUUAGACCAGGAAAGCCAUCACGUGACGAUUUCACGAAUUUUCUUCGAGAAUUAAUCCAGGAGUGCAACCAGCGAACCAGGUUUCUAAUUACAACCAGGUACAAGAUUGAUAAAGUCUUAUGUGAUUGUAUAAACUUUCAUGCACUAGACCUAAAACCACUCAAGGUAUUAGAUGCUAUUUCACUUCUGCGUCGCUCUUCUGAGCUUUCCAGCAUAGACGAUGAGGUAUGUAAGAGCUUGGUGUUCGUGUGUGGUCAUAAUCCACACGCAAUUCGAGCAGUUGCGAGUCGUCUGAAACAAGGACAUAUUAAACCAAAAGCAUUACUGGAGAUUCUACGCCAACCAGUUAAAGCUACUAGAGUUUUUCACCAUCGGUACGAUAAUGACAUGUCAGUGGAUGGCCACGAGAUGGAACAGCAAGAAGGUGUGCUGAAAUGCCUUCGUGUUCUAUUCAAUCAACUCGAUAAAAAUUACAAGAAGUACUUGAUUAAGUUGUCUGUGUUUCCGAGUUUCUUUUACGAAGAUGUUGCAGCCGUCAUUCUUGACGAAGACAAAAGUAUGAUUAGUUUUUAUCUGCAGAAACUUUGUGUCUACGGGGUCUUGGAAUUCGAAGAGCUUGGCCAGUUCAUAAACAUUGCCUCGAAUACGUACAAUAUGCACACAUUGUUGAAACUGACCUGUGUCAAUGCAACAGAAGAAGAUGACUCUCUCAGACAAUUUAGAGACACUGCGAUGGCAGCGUUUCUUAAGCACUAUCAUCAGGUGAUUAAUGAAAUUUGUGAAUUAGCAAACUUGAAUUUCAAGGAAGGUCUUGAGAGGUACCAGAAUGAUAAAAUCAAUUUGAUACAAUAUCUUGAGCAUGAAGCACAUAUUCAGUCACGACAAACCGCUAAGGAUUUGGAUUUUUCUAAAGAAGAUAGAAGAUACGUUAUCUUCGACGGAUUGGUUGAGGCGGAUCGAAGAGUUGAAUACUUCGAAAUUGUAUCACGUAAGGCUAAGCAGGAAGAAGACUGGAUUAGUUACAGUUUUCUAUGUGGAUGGCUAGGUGACCAGUACAUAUGCCAAUCGUUGGUGCUGGAGGCGCACAAAGCUGUAGACAACGGGUUGAAAACGUUGGAAAAACUAAACUCAAGCGAGAAAAAUCAUCGGAAUGCAAUGAUAGCUAAGGCAGCCUGUCUGUACGUAAAAGGGCGAGCAUUCACUGGCCAGCAAAAGUACAAUGAUAGUCUAAUUCCUCUUAAAAAAUCGUUGGCGUUACGACAAGAGUACGAGGGAGAUCACACAAUGACAGCACGUGUUCUUAACGCAAUUGGUCACGUUUUCUAUCGUCAAAAGAAAAUCUCGGAUUCCCAAUACUAUCACCAAGAGGCAUGGGAAAUGAUACGAAGAAUAACACACGACAAACCGGAAGUGCAUUUGGAUUCCUCUGUGUAUGUUAUGAACCUGGGCACCUGCUUCAGAAGCUCGGGUAAAGCGCACAUGGAUGCAAAGGAACCUGAGAAAGGAACCGAACUUUACAACAAGGCUUUAGAGUGGUUUAAUAUCGCCUUGGAAAUGCAGCAGACUAGUUUUCCGGGGUUAGAGAUCGAGCUGGCUGCAAAGAUCUUAAAAAACAGGGCGCUUUGUCACUUUGAAUUAGAGGAUUACAUGAAAGCUCUGCCAGAUGCAGAGAAAAGCUUAAACAUUACAAAACGAAUUCUCAAAGACAACCCUGACACGGCAAGAUGCUUGUAUUUUGUUGGCACAACUCAUCAUAACAUUGGCAAGAAGAUACUGAAGUCUACCGAGGUUUCAGAAGACGAGAGAGCUGAUGCAGAUAACCACUUUGGUCUUGCUUUGAAAUCUCUUGAGGAUGCUUACAAUAUGGAGCACAAACUAGGACCCCACAGACGAAGUAUUGACUACGAAGACAUAAAGAAGGAGAUAGUGGAUGUGUUGAAAUCCAUGGGUAGAGACGCGGAUGAGACCGUACAAUCAUGGGAACGAAAAUUUGCAGAGACUGAUAAUCAGGACACGAGAGAAGUAUACCACAAGUGUUAUGAGAAUAUCGGGCCACCGAGAUCACCGCCUGGCGCGCUCGCAGACGAUGCUGUCGCGGAAUCCAGUCUUUCUUUCAGAAACCUAACAUUCGGAUGGUGUGACAUCGUUUGAAAACGUUACAUAUGAUUUCAACGUUUCAAAGUUGCUGGUGUUACGAUGCUAGAAUUGAGUAACUUUACUUGUACUUCGUUGAAUUUUAGUAGUCUGUACUUUUUUAAAAAUCAUAUUUAUAUUGUGAUAUUUGCAAAUAUUGAUUCAUAUGUUCUAAGGUACCAAGUACCUUUAAUAACAAUGAUAAUGCAUAGGUUAAUUUUUGACGCUUCAAACGUUGCUAGUGUUACGAUGCUAGAAUAAUUUUAGUCGCCUGUGACACCAUUGUGGUGUUUGUAAAAUAUCUUAAAUUCUAAAUAUAAUUUCGAGGUAGGAGUAUAUAUUUGCAAAUAAAUGAGUAACUGUACUUACUGUAUGUGUUACUAAGCUAGCAAAUACCUUUAAUAACAUUAAUAAUCCAUAGGUUAAUUUUUGACGUUUCAGCCGUUGCUGGUGUUUACUUUUCGUCGUAUGAUUUUUGUUGUCUGUGAUUAUUUUAAAAUCAUAUUCAUAUUGUAGUGUUUGUAAAAUAUCGUAAAUUCGAAAUUAAAUUUGGAGGUAGAAGUAUAAAUGUAAUCAUUUGUAACCGUAAUAGUGUAUCAAAUACCUUUAAUAUUGUCAUAAUACAUAGGUUAAUCAUGUAAAUUAUUGCAUUAGAAGUAAUUAAUUGUUUCCAGGUGAACGUUCUUUAAUUUUGUUCUUAUAAGGUGGUGGUUAAAUGCUGUUAGCAAUUGAAACUAUAUUAAUGUAACGACAAACAUGUUUUUUUUUGCGGUCGUUAUCUUUAAGCCAUUCUUAAAUGUAUGUCACUAUAUGCAUCAUACAAGCGCUAUGUAACUGCGAUGAAAAGACGCUAUAUAAAUGACUAUUAUUAUUAUUAAUAUUAUUAUUAUUAUUAUUAUUUAUUAUUAUUAUUAUUAUAGCGAGUGAGAGUUUGAGUGCGACCUUACUAAGUUUUUACGAAUAUAAUAAAUAAAUUAAAUUUUUACUUUAUAGCACUGGAUUUAUCUAAAUUUUUCAUAAAAUGGCGUCAUAUAUUAUUGUUGGGGCCGCAUAUAUUUUUUCUGUUCAGUUUUAUAUUUUUGUUUUAUAUUCUUAAACAAUUUGAAAUUUCAAAACUAGAAAUGUUAACGAAGUUUACAAUAAGCUUUAACCUAUGAUCCUUCCGACCAUUCUAAAUAAAAUUACAUUCUUUUUUGUUGGUGUUGUAUAUUACAGUAUCUAAUGCUUAAGCCAUGUAAUGGCCUUAUAAUUUAGAGGCCGCAUUUAUUAUUACUUUGUUUAUUAACCGGAAGGUCUUUCCAUUUUAUUUGGCUAUUGAGUAUUAUGUAGUAUACAUUAUAUACCAAAAUGAACAAUAUAAUAAUAAUAUUAAUAAUAAUAGUAAUUAAUGCAUUAGAUUAAAUUUUGAUGAAGAUUAAAAAAAACACUACCUAUAGAGCACCUUUAAAUACUAUGUAAUUUAUAUAGCAUUGGUAAACGUGUAGACCCUACACAUUUAAUUAGUAAGUAGAGAAUUUUAAAAUGCACACGACCUUGACUUUUUUAGACAUUAUGUAAAGCUAUAGAAUCAGGGUUUAUUGAAUUUAUGGGAUCAGUAUUACCAAAGUAUGAAAUUCCAAACUCUUUGGUGUUAUCGUUAGGUUUAUGUUUUUAAUUUCAGCUUUGUUUGUCGUAACCAGCGCGCACGAAAUGCUUAAUUUCAAAAUCGGGAUAUUAUGUACCUGACUAGGCUAAAUCAGUCCUCAAAUUAUAUAAAAAGUUCUCGUAAUCUCAAAAUCUCCGAUUAGGGUAGUAUAAUAGAGGCAGAAGAGUAUAUUGGCACUAACGGCCGACCAUACAAAAACGAUCUAUUAAUCAAUUAGAUGAGUGUAUCUAGAGCUCCCUAUCGGUGCUAAAAACUUCUCCUUUAAGACAAGCAUUCAGUGGUGGCACCAGGAUUUGUGCGACUGGGGAUGCAAAAAUCAAUAUAGAGUAUUAAAAGGCUUAUUCAACCAAUUUCUGGGUCUUUUAAUUCUCUAAUCUCUAAUGUUUUUCUCCCCAACGAAUAGUGUUUUUUUUUUAAUUACUCGACGGGACCCAAGUCCCAUCGAGUACCAUUGAAAUGAUAUUGCUCAUUGAAUGUAUACAAUGUAUUUUGCCUGUACGUUGGUUAUUAGUAAAGUUUGCCUAUCAAAUAAAUAGAGGUGGUUUCAAAAUGUGUUGAUUGAAUUAUUUACUCAUGUUUAGCUUCUAACUCAAAUAGACUAUCGUCCGCAUUUAAGUCUGCGAAUGAUAAAUGCCCACACAACGCACGCUCUGCUAAUAACAGCUUUUUUAUGUGUUUGCUUGAUGCAUGGUGUAGUUAAAUUCUGCUCCCUGUCUGUAGGUUUCUUUUGAGACCCUCGCCUUAAAAAAAAGCCUUUAGUAUAUUAGUUUCCUGCUCUCAGCGUUACCUAAAAUAUUAUUAAGGUCUACCAUACGAUUUACCACAAGGCCUAAAGAAAAAGUGUAGACCUAACAUGACCUUUUCACUUAGCUAGUACAAUGUUGUACUGUAUAAGAAGUUGUAUUAAAUAAUAAUAAAUUAUCAUCUUUUAAAAUGUAUAAUGAAUUUGUUUAUUCAGGUAUUAAUAAACUUCUAGGGCUAAACAUAUUAUAUCUAUGCAUUGAUAACACAUUGAGACAUGGUACAUUACAUAUAUUUGAUUUAUAAUAAAUGUAUUGUUAAAUUUCAAAUAAUGGUAAACAUUUACUACAAAUAAAUUGUUUUAGAUAAUUAUACUUAUUUUGGUUAUAAUGACCAUCAGCCGAUAAAUCAAUAUCAAGUACAGGGGCGGAUUCAAUAGAGACCCCAGCCGGCCGCUCUGUACCCCUCUAUUUUUUUCAAAAUAAAAAAAAA